GGACUACACCCUCUACCGCUUUUUGUCGUACACUUAACUCAAAUUGCACCGGCAAAAAUGGGAAGAGGUCCUACGUCCCAUUAAAGCGCUACAAAUGUUUGCAAAAAAGAGUAUUACACAAUAAAUAUAUCCAUAUGGAACAGUUUAAUUUUUGUGAUGCGUAAAAAUGGGCAGUUCAUCCCUUCUACACUUUAAGGUUAAGGAGCGUGUUACCGGCAGUGCGGUUGAUUGCGCUUUUUACAAACACACGGAUUUGCCUACACUAUGAAAAAAAUUGCCUAACAGUUGUAAGCUGAUCCGCGGUCCCCCCAGAUGUAACGUGUGUAAGGAGCGCCUGCCAAAAAUGCAUGCACAUAUGUGUACGCACCAACUGGUUAUCCCCCCAAGACGCACUGCUUAUGGCACACCUCGACAGGAUGAGGAUGCCCCAGUUUGAACGCCUAAAGCGCUUCCAAUGGGCGAGAACAAAAAGCCAGUUCAGCAGCGCCAAAUCGGCGCUAUCGAGUGAAAAUCUGAAAAAAAUAAAAGACCUCCGAAAAAUCACAAACUUGUCGGUAGGCAUAUGUAAAAAUAUUCUGAACAAAAAUGAGUAUAACAUUGAGAGAAGUGUUAAUUAUAUUUUUCAAAAUUUUAAUAAAAGUUACGAAAAAGAGGCGAAGUUAACAGAAGGGUACUACUGCUUAUCGUCCAGGGGAAACUGCACAGCGAUAGCAGAGCUGAACAGCUACAACGACUUAGUAGCGGAGAAUAUACAUUUUAAAGAGCUGUUAAUUAACUUGUGUAACAAAUUAAUUGGAGAUAAUGUAACUAGAAAAGUAGGGCAGAUAAAUUUGGACGAAGAAAUGCUGUCUCAUUAUUUGCCCCUUUUCUAUGAUGAAAACAAAAUGGACGUUGACAAAUUGCUAAACCGUGUGGAAUUUAAAGAUAUUUUUAAGCAUAUAUAUUUUAACAGGACCAUAGGGCAGCUUAUCAACUACACAUCGUACAUUUUAAAUGACCAUAUUUUUUUAAGCAAAUAUUUGCUCCUUAAUUUAGACCAUCUGAAGAGUUGUCACCUAAAUGUGCACAUCAUUAGAAAGAGCUAUCAUCAUAAAGAAACCAAAAUUGACAACUUUGUUUUAUGCAAAGGUUUUUCCUUUUCAUUUUUGUUUAUUAAAUCUGAUGAAGUUAUCCCAGAAAGGGUUGAACUGAUCUUAGAAAAAUUCGCUUCACUUGUAUGUGUGAACAUAUUGAUAUAUAAAUCGAAGCGAUGUUCCAGCGCAAACCAGUUUGACAUUCGUGGCUGCUUCUAUGUCAAUCACGUUGGGCGUUCCGCUAAUGAGUUGGGGCAAAAUGGAGGUAACGCUUCUUCGCAGAGGGGCAGCCAAAUGGGCAGCACGAAAGGGAAUGCUAUGAAGCGAGAAGGAGCUGCCCAUGAAGAGAGUGGCGCCGACGAGCACGACGACUUUCUGCAAAAAAAGGUGCAAUCGUUCUGCAUACUACGUGAGUACAUAGAAAAAAUGGAUCACAAACUGUUAAAAAGUAUUCCAAAAGGAGAUGUAACAUUUUCAGAAAUGAUUAAACUUAUGGAGGAAGAAUUCAAGAUGAAAAUUUUUGUGAAAAUUGUGUACUCUGUGCUUAAUGAGGACAUGCUCAUUUUGUAAUUACCCUGGGGCGACCUCGCACCGGCGGAUUAGCAAGUUCGCGAUUUGUGUACUAUUUUGGUUCUCACGCGUUAAAAUGUGUGCGCAUGUGUGCAAAGCUUCUAUAGUUAUAAAACGCGUCAGUUUUGAGGGCUACCCCCCUUCUUUGUAGAGCCAUUCUUUAAUAAGAAACUGCGCUCUGUUACUACAUAGGAAUAGAAAAAUAGACAACAUGUUGGUGCC